AUGGGCCCUCCGCCACCGCCCCGGCCGCCCCGGGACCGCCCGGCUCAGCCGCGAGGCCCGAGGGGCGGAGCCGACGGCGCCCGCCCGUGCCUGCCACUCACGCGCCAGGACCCGCCCACAUCCCCCCAACUGCACCUGGCCCCGCCCACCGGCGGAGCAUUCACUUGGCAGAUUCGAGGGGCGGGACCUACAGAAAGCGCCGCGGCAACGCCCCGCAGGGCAGGUCCGGGCGAUGCGCCGGGAGUUUUUAAGUCCCUGGUACCAGACUUGCAACAUCCAAUCUAUGUGAGACGAGACCCCAGCAUCCCUGCCUAUGGACUCCGACAGUCUAUCUUACUGAACACCAGGCUCCAGGACUGCUAUGUGGACUCGCCAGCUCUCACCAACAUCUGGACAACCAGAACAUGUGCUGAGCCGAACACCACUGCCCCCACACCAGGUCCCACCUCUUCUUGGGAAGUUGUAAAGGAGCCAGCAAUUGCCAGUUCCUUCUCCCUGGUGAAACUGGUGCUCAGGCGACAGCUGAAGGAGAAAUGCUGCCCAGUGCCACGCAAGUUUGGAGAUGCAAAACCCUCCAAGAGAUUAAAGCCCAGGGACGAUACAACAAUGAAAACCACCCAGCAGGGCGGAACAAGAAACUCCAUCAGUUCCAAGAGCAAGCAGCCAGCAGGGCAGCAGCCAGGCUUGCUCAGGCGCAGGAAGCUUGCAGGGGGCGUCAACGAGAGUAAAGAGGGUUCAAAGGAGAAAAAAGCGACGGUCUGCCAAGAUCUUGAGAGCAGAUAUGCUGAACAUGUGGCCGCCACCCAAGCGCUACCUCGGGACAUGGGGACAGCGUCCUGGAAGGGCCGAGCCUCGCUUCCCGAAACCAGGAAGAGGCAGCAGUUGUCCGAGGACGCAUUAGUCAUCCAUGGCCUCCCCACUGAGAGCUACCGGGCUCUGUACCAUUCUGUGGUAGAGCCCAUGCUGUGGAAUCCUUCUGGGACCCCCAAGAGGUACAGCCUGGAGCUGGGCAAGGCCAUCAAACAAAAGCUCUGGGGGGCUCUGUGCAGACAGGCUGCCGUCCCCGAAGACGCUCAGGACCCGCUGCCGGGCAGGAAGCGGCUGGAAGACCACGAGGAGCCUGUUGAGGAGGCUGUACCCAAGAAAUAGCUCAAGAGGGAGAAAUAGGAACUGGAGCUCACAGGAUUAGGAUGUUCUCUGCUGGAUGUCUGAAAAAUAAACACCGCUUUGCACCUUCCACAUGAUCUCAGAGCGCUUUACAAAUCAGUGACUACCUUCCCCGGGGCAGGGGGGAAGCAAGCUUGGAUCGGUAGGAGAUUCACUUUAG